CAGCCGACAUGAAGGGGAUCACUGUGGUAGCAUUGGUCAGCCUGGCGGCCCUAGCCGCCGGGUACGUCGUUGUACCGGAGGAGAAAAUCACGUACGCGGACAAAGAUUUCCUCGUGAAGCAGAAGCAAAUGCUGGAGGUGUUCCAGCACGUACACCAGCACGAAGUCCACACGGAGCUGUGGGAAGUGUCGAAGGCGUACGACAUCGAGCAACACUACGACCAGUACAGCAAUGUGGAAGCGGUAAAGGAAUUCGUGACGCUGUACAAGCACGGACUGCUGCCGUUCGACGAAAUCUUCAGCGUGUUCGACGAUCACCAUCGCGAGCAGGCGAUCGCACUGUUCCAUGUGUUCUACUACGCCAAGGACUGGGAUACGUUCUACAAGUCGGUCGUUUGGGCCCGGUUCCACGUGAACGAGGGUAUGUUUGUGUAUGCGGUGACCGUUGCCGUCCUUCAUCGGAAGGAUCUGGCCGGACUGGAGCUGCCGGCACCGUACGAAAUCUAUCCGUACUACUUCUUCAACACGGAGGUCGUCCAGAAGGCGGCACAGUACAAGAUGCAGGGCUUUAGCGGUGUGAAGAAGGUGGACGAUGUGUACACCGUGGUCAUUCCGACGAACUACACCGGCUGGUAUGUGCACACGAACGUCGACCAGAAGGUAUCGUACUUUACGGAGGACAUUGGACUGAACACGUACUACUACUACUUCCACGCGGACUAUCCGUUCUGGAUGGGUGGUAAGGAGUACGGACUGUACAAGGAUCGUCGCGGUGAGCUGUACCUGUUCAAGCACCAGCAGCUGCUCGCUCGCUACUAUCUGGAGCGUCUGUCGAACGAUCUCGGUACGAUCCCAGAGUUCUCGUGGUUCAAACCGAUCGUCACCGGCUACUACCCGAACAUGCACUACUACAACGGCGUUAGCUUCCCGUCUCGGGACAACUACUACGAGGUAAACACACCCGAUCACUAUCAAGACAUCGAGGAGGUCGUCGAGUACGAGCAUCGCAUCCGUGAGGCGAUCGAUCUGGGAUACAUUGUGCUGCCCGAUGGACGUCACGUUGAUCUCACCAAGCCUGAGUCGGUGGAGUACCUCGGCAACCUGGUGCAGUCCAAUCCGGACAGUGUAAACAGCCGGUUCUACAAGUACGUCGGAUGGUUCGCCCGCAUCCUGCUCGGCGGUUCGGUUGAGCACUUCGAAAACCACAAAGUGCUGCCAGGAGUGCUGGAGCACUACGAAACUUCGCUUCGUGAUCCGAUGUUCUACCAGCUGUACAAGCGUAUCGUUCAGUGGUAUUGGGAGUUCAAGGAUCAUCUGCAACCGUACACCAAGGAAGAGUUGACAUUCGGUGGACUGAAGUUCGACACGGUAACGGUGGACAAGCUGGUGACGUACUUCGAUCGUUCCGAUGCAGACAUUACGAACGCGGUCGAUGUGGAGGUGUUUGACGAGUCCACCAUGAAGGCGGGUGAGUUGAAAAAGUUCGGCAAGAUUGCCCACUAUCAGGGCGAAGACUUUGUGAUCAAGGCACGCCAGUGGCGUCUUAAUCACAUGCCGUUCAGUGUGGAGUAUAACGUGCACGCCGACAAGGAUGUUAAGGGUAUCGUGCGUAUGUACCUCGGUCCCAAGUACGAUCAGUACGGGCACGUGUACGGUGUGAACGAGAACCGCGAAAACUUUGUCCUGCUCGAUACGUUCGAGUGGGAGUUCAAGCAGGGCGCGAAUGUGUUUGUCCGCGAGUCGACACAGUUCCCGCUGUACGUGCAGGAUCGCACACCGUACUUCGAGCUGUACAAGUGGGUGAUGGAUGCGUACAAUGGUAAGCGUCAGUUCCCGCUCGAUAUGACCGAGGCACACUGCGGCUUCCCAUCGCGUCUGAUGCUGCCGAAGGGCAAGAAGGGUGGCAUGCCGUUCCAGCUGUUCUUCAUUGUCUCGCCCUACCAUGCGCCAGCCGUACCGCAGCACGAAGGAUACGACUACACGCUCAACUGUGGUGUUGCUUCCGGUGCCCGGUACAUCGACUCGCUUCCGUUCGGCUAUCCGUUCGAUCGUCCGAUCGAUGAGAAGGUUUGGUUUACGCCCAACAUGUACUAUCUCGACACGACCAUCUACCACAAGAAGGAGGCAGAGAUUAAUUCCGUCCACUAA